CAAAAAUGCAACGAGGCAACUUUGGAGAACUAUUCCAGACCAUCAACACCUGCUAUUCACCUCAACACCACUGCGACAACGAAGCUCCAACUUCCUCAGGUCUUCAAUUCGCCCAAUCACUCCUCCUUGUCAAGUUUCCACCUCCCCUCGCUACAUUCCAUCGACCCCUCACAAUGGCCGCCCUCCCCGCCUGGAACCUCCUCAAAGGCAAGACCGCCGCGAUUACUGGCGGGACCACUGGAAUCGGUCGCGCGAUUGUGCUGGCAUACAUCACGCAAGGCUGCAAUGUCGCCGUCAACCACCUUGGGCUUGCCCAGGAUGAAGGGCACCGGCACAGUCUUCUAGAGGAGGUCAAGGCGAUUAGGAACAGCGGGGUCAAUGCCGGCGAAAUUCUAGAGCUCCCGGGCGACGUGACGAAUCCCGCGACCAGCUCCAACUUGGUUCAACAGGCGGUCUUGCAGUGGGGGAAACUGGAUAUUUUUGUCGCGAAUGCGGGUGUGUUUAAGCAAGCAGAGUUUCUCAAAAUCGAGCCCUCCCUCCUGAACCACAGCGUCGACGUCAACGUCAAGGGCUGCUUCUACUCCUGCCAAGCGGCCGCGCGCCAAAUGGUCAAACAAGGCCACGGCGGCUCCAUCAUCGGCAUCUCCUCGGUCAGCGCCCUCGUCGGCGGCGGGUUCCAAACACACUACACACCAACCAAGGCCGCCGUCCUCUCCAUGAUGCAGUCGAUGGCGAUUUCGCUGGGCAAGGAUAAAAUCCGGUGCAACGCGUUGAUGCCCGGGACCAUUGCGACGCAAUUGGCAGACCAUGAUAUGAAGAAUCCGACGAAGAAGGCUGCGCUCGAGGCGCGGAUUCCGCUUGGCAGGAUUGGGGACCCGGAGGAUAUGGCGGGCCCGGCGGUCUUUUUGGCGUGUGAGGAGAUGAGUCGGUAUGUUAAUGCAACGGGGCUGUUGGCUGAUGGGGGAAUGUUUAGUAAUUUGCAAUGA